AUGCACAAAAAGUUAAUCGGUAACUUAGCAUUACCAAGCAACCACUUAUCUAAAGCACGGGAUAUUCGAUCUUUGAAGUUCAUUGUCAAGGAUGUUGAAGCUAAGCUAGGGCCUUUUGAGGUUAGUGUUGAGCAAAAAAAGAAUGCAGAUACCACAAAAGAUGAAAAUGACAACAAUACAAAUAUUGACAAUGAACGAAGCACACAUGCUUCAGAUAUGGUUAUUCCACCCUCAUCAAAUAAAGUCGAAGUUAAUGAUGUCUCAACUAUGCAAAUUCCAGAGAAUGAUGGCAAGAGUGAAGAAAUUGAACAUAGUAACAUUGAAACCAAGGGCAAUGAAGAAAUGAUACAAACUUCAAGUGACAAGAGUGAAGAAAACGUUAAUAUUCAAACCAAAGGCUAUGAAGAAAUGAUGCAAACUUCAAAUCGCAAGAGUGGAGAAAUUGAACAUGGUAACAUUGAAACCAAGGGCAAUGAAGAAAUGAUACAAACUUCAAAUGACAAGAGUGAAGAAAACAUUAAUAUUGAAACCAACGGCAAUGAAGAAAUGAUGCAAACUUCAAAUGGUAAGAGUGGAGAAAUUGAACAUGGUAACAUUGAAACCAAGGACAAUGAAGAAAUGAAAGAAACUUCAAAUGGCAAGAGUGAGGAAAUUGAACAUAGUAACAUUGAAACCAAAAGCAAUGAAGAAAUGAUACAAACUCCAAAUAUUACAAAGCUACCUAGUGAAGCUGAAACCGAAGUUGGCCUUGUGAGGGAAGACAUUACAAAGAAUUAUAACGAUGUUGUCGCUAGUGAAUUAAAAUUUGAGGGCAGCGAAGAGAAUACUCAUAAAAGUAUAGAAAAAUCAACAAAAGAAAUCAGUGACACAAAUGAGGACCGCGUAAAUAAUAAUAGUAUAACAAACAAAUUUAUUGACGAUGGUAACUUUGAAGAUAGUGAUAAUGUACAAAAUAUACAUAACUCAACAAUGGAAAUUGCGGGCAAUGUAGAGAAUAAUGUCAAGAACAAAGAUACGACAGAAGAUGAUAACUUAAAAUAA